AUGACACAGAUUUACCCAAAACCCCAGCAGAUACAAAUACAUGAUUUAAAAAUCCACGUGACCGAGCUGUGCUCUAAAAAUAAAACCCACGAAUUCAACAAAUCGCUGAUCCGCUUGCUCUUCAACCUCUGUAAUCAUAAACUACAUUUCCCAGAAGUCCAAGCACCCGGCAACAUGAUGAUUGACUUGAAUGAUGAGAAGAAGCUGAUGGCUAAGAGGAUCUUGAAUCAUGCGUUGGGGAUCAUAUACCUGCUAACCGGAGAGGAAUAUGUCAUUAUGAAGAAGAAUGCACCCCACAGCAGCAUUCACCACCUGUCCGGAGAGGUACCUAUAACAUGUGGGGAUGUUUCGGUCUAUUUCUCGAUGGAGGAGUGGGAUUAUAUAGAAGGACAUAAGGACAUUUACAAAGAUCUUAUGAUGGAGAGUCACCCAACACCAAAAAAUGUGUCCGUUCAGACAGAUUUAGAAGACGUUCAGGAUGAUAAACCUAUCAGUAUAUCAGAUGAUGAGGGAAAGGAAAAUGAGAAAAAUGAAGAGGACAUUGAACCAGUGGAAAUUAGUUCAGACAUUUGCCCAGAUGAAACCAGAACCGGGAAUAUGUUUGGAGAGUCACAAGAUUAUACAUUGGAUGACAUGGUAAAUAUUAGCAUGUCUCAUGGAUUUCAGGAAGCAGACGUUUGUGGUGGAUCCAUACCUAAGGAGUCACUGUUUUUGGAAAUAAGAAAUCAUUUGCCUGCUCCUACAGCUAACCCAAUUGACCAAAAGACAGAGACUUUGAAUGAGAGGUUUUUCAGCAACGCCAGUGAUAUCACAAUAGACUCUGUGUUUAGUUUUAAAAACAUCAGCAGUAAUCCCUGCGUUGCAAGCUUUAAUCAGGCAUCAGAUGACAGAGAUCUCCGGCCAGAGCGUGUGGAAAAGAGAAGUCAUCAGUGCAAUGAAUGCGGGAAAACAUUUAAUUACAAAUCUCGCCUUGUUGCUCACCAGAGGACACAUACAAGGGAGAAAGAUCAUCAGUGUGACAUAUGUGGAAAAUAUGCGGCCACUAGAGCUAAUCUUGCGAUUCACAGAAGGUUGCACUUCGGGGACAAGUCGUACAGGUGCAAUGAAUGUGGCAGAUGCUUUGUUUCCAAGCCUUCUCUCGUGGAACACAUGGGGACACACAGUUUGAACCCACACGUGUGCAGUCAAUGUGGGAAGCAAUUUGCUCACAAGUCAUAUCUCAUAGUACACCAGCGAGGACACGCCGGCAGCAAAAUUCACAGCUGCAACGUGUGCGGGAGAGACUUCAACUAUAGGUCGCGUCUUCUUGUCCAUCAGCGGACUCACACGGGUGUAAAGCCGCAUGUUUGCCAUAUGUGUGGAAAACACUUUGACUAUAAAUCACAUCUGCUACGCCAUCAGAGAACACACAGAACAUCAUUCUAGAGUCGGUGUCCUCUUUUUCUAUCACCUGGAAGAGAAGCCUGCUGUUCAGUGAUGAGGGACAGAAUGGUGGCCUGGUUGCAGCUGUUCUGCUGCUGUAUGAAAGAUAAUAGCGAGCCCAGUGAGUCGCAUAGAUUUUCCAAGGCGAGGUAUAUUAAACAGAUACUAUCUUUUUCUUUCAGUUUAUACAAUACCAGAUUCUGACUGAAAGAAAUGUUCACGCCUUAUUGAUGGUCUAUGGUAAAUACAUUCAAAAGUGAAUUAGUUUUUCAGUAAAUAACAGAACCUCUUAAGCACUUAUAACUUAUAUACCAUUCUUCUCAGGUUAAAAUGUUAGAGCAGAAUAAAGAGGGAGACGUUGUUCUACGUACUAUACCUUAUUACACUCAUCAGCUUCCCAUUUAAUCUUGGACCUUAAGGAAAACGUUGAAACAAGCGGCAGAAUAUAAUGCCCGCUCCUCAGUCGCAUUAAAGCGGACCUGUCCAUAUUGUUAACACCCAACUUUACAAAUUCAGUUGUUCCGUCAUGUUAUUGGAAGCCAAUACUGGCAUUCCUAAAAGUUCGGAUUGAGAAGUUAUUGCCAUAUGAAAGAUUAGAUAGAUAUGCUUGUUUAAA